GGAAGAGGCCAGGAUGGCGGCUGCAGACAGCGACGAAGACCUGGUCAGCUAUGGCACGGGCCUAGAGCCCCUGGAAGAAGGUGAAAGGCCAAAGAAACCCAUUCCUCUUCAGGACCAGACAGUAAGAGAUGAAAAAGGAAGGUAUAAACGGUUCCAUGGAGCCUUUAGUGGUGGCUUCUCUGCUGGGUACUUCAAUACCGUUGGCUCAAAAGAAGGAUGGACACCCUCAACUUUUGUGUCUUCGCGACAGAACAGAGCAGACAAAUCUGUCCUUGGACCUGAAGAUUUUAUGGAUGAAGAGGAUCUUAGUGAAUUUGGGAUAGCACCUAAAGCAAUUGUCACCACAGAUGAUUUUGCUUCCAAAACCAAAGACAGAAUCCAAGAAAAAGCCAGGCAACUGGUAGCUGCAACAGCCCCCAUUCCUGGAGCCACUCUGCUCGAUGACUUCGUAACACCAGCAAAGUUAUCUGUUGGGUUUGAAUUGCUAAGAAAAAUGGGUUGGAAGGAAGGACAAGGAGUUGGUCCUCGAGUCAAGAGAAGGCCACGCAGACAAAAACCUGAUCCUGGAGUAAAAAUCUACGGCUGUGCCUUACCCCCUGGAGACUCUGAAGGCUCUGAGGACGAAGACGAUGACUACUUGCCUGAUGAUGUGACCUUUGCCCCUAAAGACGUCACCCCUGUGGAUUUCACACCCAAAGAUAAUGUCCACGGACUGGCUUACAAGGGCCUGGAUCCCCACCAAGCACUGUUUGGAAGUUCAAGGGAGCAUUUUAAUCUCUUUGGUGGAGGCUCUGAGGGGGCCGGCCAUCUUAUUGGAGACGUUGAACCGAAUAAAGGAAGAAAAUUGGGAAUUUCAGGCCAGGCUUUUGGUGUAGGUGCCCUGGAAGAGGAAGAUGAUGAUAUCUAUGCCACAGAAACUCUGUCUAAGUAUGACACAGUUUUGAAGGAUGAGGAACCUGGUGAUGGGCUUUAUGGCUGGACAGCGCCCAGGCAAUACAAAAAUCAAAGAGAACCAGAGAAAGAUCUUCGCUACAUUGGCAAAAUUUUGGAUGGAUUUUCCUUGGCUUCUAAACGUUUAUCUUCUAAGAAAAUUUAUGCACCCCCUGAGUUGCCAAGAGACUAUCGGCCGGUGCAUUAUUUCAGACCCGUAGUAGUUGCAACUUCUGAAAACUCACACCUGCUUCAGGUGUUAUCAGAUUCAUCAGGAAAGGCAGUCCAUGAUCCAGGCACACAUAGUAGGCACCAACUGAAUGCCUCCAAGCGGGGGGAACUGCUGGGAGAGACACCUGUCCAAGGCUCUGCUACUUCAGUAUUAGAGUUUCUAUCCCAAAAAGAUAGAGAGAGAAUCAAAGAGAUGAAGCAGGCAACUGACUUGAAAGCAGCUCAACUCAAAGCUAGGAGCCUGGCCCAGAAUGCUUCAGGCAGCAGAGCCCAGCUCUCCUCACCAGACGGCGGAGACCGAUCUUGGCACACAGCCUGGGGCAGCGGGACAGCCCCAAGAGCCAGCAACUUCAAACCUUUUGCUAAAGAUCCAGAAAAGCAAAAGCGAUACGAAGAGUACUUAGUGCAUAUGAAAAAGGGGCAAAAAGAUGCUCUGGAACGUUGCCUGGACCCCAGCAUGACUGAGUGGGAACGGGGCCGUGAGCGGGAAGAGUUUGCCCGGGCAGCCCAGCUGUAUGUCUCUUCCCACUCCACCUUAUCCUCCAGGUUCACCCAUGCCAAAGAAGAAGAUGACUCGGAUCAAGUGGAAGUCCCUCGAGACCAAGAGAAUGAUGUCAAUGACAAACAAUCAGCUGUGAAGAUGAAGAUGUUUGGGAAGCUCACCCGAGACACAUUUGAGUGGCACCCUGACAAGCUUCUGUGUAAACGAUUUAACGUCCCAGACCCUUAUCCCAAUUCCACAUUAGUUGGCUUACCAAGAGUGAAACGUGACAAAUACUCAGUCUUCAACUUUCUGACACUCCCAGAGACCUCGUCCUUGCCCUCCACUCCAGAACCAAUUGGGAAAGUGCCAGAACACUGUGCUUCUGACAAAUCCAGGAAACCAUCCCGAUGGGACACAUCUAAGCCAGAAAAGAAAGAAGAUUCCAUUAGUGAAUUCUUAAGUUUGGCUAGAUCAAAAGUGGGCCCUCCUAAACAAGAAUCCUGUCCCCCUGUAAAGAAAGAGGAAGAACAGGCUCCAGCAUCACUUUCCGAGAAGACCACAAAUCCAGAUGUGGAGUCGCAGGCUGAGGAGGAAGGCAAGCGCCCGUCCAUGGACCUGUUCAGGGCUAUCUUUGCCAGCUCCUCAGAUGAAAAGUCCUCAUCUUCCGAAGACGAGCAAGGUGACAGUGAGGACAAUCAGGAGGGGGCCGUGGAGGCCAACCUCCAACUUCCCCAAGAAACCCACGUGGAGGAAACCUCUUCCACAGCACCGGCCAGCGAGCCGGAACCCCAGGAGCUCACACUUCCCUUCCCGAUACAGAAGAUGCAGAUAGAUGAACGAGAAGAGUUUGGCCCUCGGCUGCCCCCUGUCUUCUGCCCCAAUGCACGUCAGAAACUUGAGAUACCUCAGAAGGAGAAACAGAAAAAGAACAAAGAUAAACACAAGUCCCAGAAAGAACACAGACGAAAGAAAGAGAAGAAAAAGAAACAUAAAAAGCACAAACACAAAAGCAAACAGAAGAAUAAAAAAUUAGAGAAAAAUAGCGGCUCUGAGAGUUCUGACACAAGUGACAGCCAGAGCGAUGAAGAAGGGACCUCAGACCUGUCACCCCAAGAACUGCUGAGACGGCUGAAAUGUCUCCCGCUAAGAAGACAGUAAUUGAAUUCUACCCCAGCUUCUCUCCGGAACCCAUCUUGUCACUGAUAGAAGUCCAUGGAUUGUUCAGUUAAUACACUGUACAGAUUGUAUUUAUAUGUAAAUUCCUGCUGUAAAAUAAUUUUUUUUAAAUCUUGACUUUUCAAAGGCUGCGUUGAAAGGUUGCGGAAAUUGAUUUCUAUUUUUAACUUCACUUCAUGUCAGAGUGAAAAAUUCAGAUUGAACAGUUUAAUUAAAGUACUGGAGUUUGC